AUGAAGACAUUGUAUUUGUUACUUGCACUUGGUCUGCUGUGUGCAGUGGUAUAUUCAACACCAAUCGAAGAUGAUGAAACUUUGGAAAACGAGUUGAAAGAAGACAAUGAUGAAAAUGCCUUGGAAGAAGACGAUGAAGACGAAGACCAAAUUGAAGAAGCUCAAGAAGAUCCUGGACCUCAUUACCCCAAAUACCAACCGAGAUACAAAUACAGAUACGGUCGUGCCCGCAAAUAUUAUGGUCGUCAAUAUUACGGAUAUUACUGGGGCAAACGUUACGGACGGAGAUACUGGGGCAACGUGUGGAAACUUGGUCUUGCACUUGGUCUGCUGUGUGCAGUGGUAUAUUCAACACCAGUCGAAGAUGAUGAACCUUUGGAAAACGAGUUGAAAGAAGACAAUGAUGAAAAUGCCUUGGAAGAAGACGAUGAAGACGAAGACCAAAGUGACGAAGCUCAAGAAGAUCCUGGAAUUCAUUACCCCAAAUACCAACUGAGAUACAAAUACAGAUACGGUCGUGGCCGCAAAUAUUAUGGUCGUCAAUAUUACGGAUAUUACUGGGGCAAACGUUACGGACGCAGAUACUGGGGCAAGGAUAGAGAGAAUGAUGAAAAUGCUGAAAAUGCUCUGGAAGAAGUCGAAGAAGACGACAAAGACGACGAAGAUGACGAAACUCAAGCAGAUCCUGGUAAUUAUUACCCUGGAAUCCGAUAUCGUCGCAGAUAUUACGGGCGUAGAUAUUACGGACGCAAGUAUUACGGACGCAAGUAUUACGGACGCAAGUAUUACGGACGCAAGUAUUACGGACGCAAAUAUGGUGGGCGCAAAUAUGGCUGGUAA